AUGAAUAUAAUAUCCCGGCGUAAGUCCUGUCGCUCGGCAGUGUUAGCCUGGUGCACGAGUGCGUGGUACGAAAAACGCAUCAUUAAACAAUUUGCGUUGAAAUCAAAUACCGCCUCUCUCUCUCUCUCUCUCUCUCUUUAUCUAUCUACCUCCCUUCAUCCUCUCUCUCUCCCUAUCUCCCUUUCCCGCAUUGGUUCUCUCUCUCUCUCUCUCUCUCUCUCUCUUUCUCCCAACCUUCUCUCUCUAUCUGCCUUUCUCACCCUAGUUCUCUCUCUCUCUUCCCACUCCGACUUUCUAUCUGUAUCUCCCUUUCUCACCCUGGUUCUCUCACUCUCUCUAUCUCCCUUCCCUAACUUGGUUCUCUCUCUCUCUCUCCCGACAUAUACAUAUAUAUAUAUAUAUAUAUAUAUAUCCUUACUCACCCUGCUUCUCUCUCUCUCUUUCUCUCUCUCUCUCUAUCUAUUUAUCUAUCUAUCUAUCUGUCUGUCUGUCUGUCUGUCUAUCUAUCUAUCUUUUUCUCGCCCCGGUUCUCUAUGUCUCAUCCCUUCUAUCUAUCUAUCUAUCUAUCUAUCUAUCUAUCUAUCUAUCUAUCUAUCUAUCUCCAUUUCUCACUCUGAUUCAUUUGCUCACGAGCUAUCUAUCUAUCUCCACCGAUUCGCUAAGAAUGAUCAUACCAUGAUGAAAAAAAAAAAACUAACUUAA